AUGGUGAAUAAAGAUCUGUGUCAUAGCUUCAAGAUCAUAGAUCUACAGAGCAAGGCAAAAGGCAACUUCUCUACAAAGAAAGGAUUUAUUGAUACUUUGAGGCCAGUUGUUGGUUUGGAUGCUUAUCACAUCAAAGGGCAACACCCUGGCCAAUUACUAUCUGCUGUUGGUGUUGAUCCUAACAACGGCAUGUAUCCAAUAGCUUAUGCAGUGGCAGAUGCUGAGAAUUAUGCAACUUGGACUUGGUUUUUGGAACUCUUAGCUGUUGAUCUUGGCAUUGAAAAUAGCAAUGGCUAUGUGUUCAUUACAAAUAGACAAAAGGACUUAAUUGAUGCAGUAGGUGACAUGUUUCCAAACUCUAAGCAUAGGCAUUGCCUUAAACAUCUGCACGCCAAUUUUAUACUUGCUGGCUAUAGAGGAUUAGUUCUUAAACAACAUAUGGAUGCUACUGCAAGAAGUACAACUAUACAUUGGUUUCAAGCAGAGAUGAAAAAGCUCCAAGAUUUGUCAGGAUCAACUUUUAAUUGGUUAUCAAGGCUUGAUCCAAUGCAGUGGUGUAGAUCUCACUUCAGAACACACUCAAAAUGUGGCAUUCUCUUGAAUAACAUGUGUGAGACAUUCAACAAGUCUAUCCUUGAUGCUAGAGACAAGCCUAUCAUAACAUUGCUUGAGAGGAUCAUGUAUUACAUCAUGCUAUUGAUGGCAACUAGAAGAGAAGUUAUGGAGAAAUGGGCUCAUGAUGUGGGGCCAAGAGUUUUGGCAACUCUUGAGAAGCUUAAGAAGCAAUCAGCCUGGUGCAUUCCAAGGCUUGCAGGGGAGAGCAAAUAUGAGGUUAAGUGUUUUGGAGGCACUCAGGUGGUAGUUGAUUUGAGAAACAUAAGUUGUUCAUGUAGGCAAUGGGAUCUAACUGAGAUCCCAUGUAAGUAUGCUUGUGCUGCCAUUGGACAAUUAAAUGGCAAUCACAUCAGCUAUGUCCAUGAUUAUUACAAAAAAGAGGCCUUCAUCAAAGCUUACACACCCAUGGUGCAUCCAAUGGUAAGUCUAGACUUGUGGGCUAAAACAAAUUUGCCACAUUUGCUACCACCUCAGUUUUAUAAGCAACCAGGGAGGCCAAAGAAAACAAGGAAAGCUUCAGCCAGUGAACCAUCUCCAAGCUUUAAUCCUAAAGCUAAACACUUGCCAAGGUAUAAUUUGGAAAUCAAGUGUUCCAUAUGUAAGCAACCAGACUAUAAUAAGAGGAAAUGUCCAAGGGUAAAUGAAGCAAGGAGUAGCAGCCAGGUAUAUUCAAAGCAUGUGAUUUUACAAAUUCUGUAUGUUUGGCAUUCUGAUAUGGAUUCCCCAAUGAUGUUUGUUGGUCAGGCUAAAAAAAGGAGCAAUCAUCACCAAGCUUCUUCUCAGUCUGGCCAAGCUCCUCAACCAUCUCACCAAGCAACUCAACCAUCUCAACCAUUUCACCAACCAGCUACAGCAUCUCAGUUUGAACAAUCCUCUGAAGCUUUUCAGUUUGAACAAGCAUCUCAAGCUCCUCAGUUUGAACAAGCCUCUCAAGCUGCUCUGUUUAAACAAGUCUCCCAAUCUCAAGCACCAAAUUCGUCUCAGCCUUUACAAGCUUCCCACAAAGGAAAGUUAGGUACAGGAUUGUACAACAUUGCCAUGGAUAGUGCAUAUUCAGUGAACAAGAGCAUAUGA